AUGGCUGUGACGCAAAAGCGGACAAGAGGGAAUCCGGAAGGUCGCGAGCGGUCCUGGACGCCGAAUUGGGAUGCUGUGCUGGCAGGAUACCCACUCCUGCAGCCGGACAACCGGAGCGCCCGACACCAGCGCCCUGAGAAAGGAGAGUUGCCAGAUAUCCGUGUGUUCCUGAACGAUGCGACGGUCGAGAGCGUACCGUCGCCAUCGGAGCUGUUAACCAACCUCACACAGAAGCAGCCCAGCCUGGCGGCAGAACUGCAGUGA